AUGGUUUUUCAAUACCUAGCCUUUGAUAAAUUGGCUCGUCUAUUUAAAGUAAUCGCCCAUAACGGAGGUCCUAUUGGGAGUAUUAUGAAACUUUGGCGAACUGAUACGUUGAAGGAAGGUAGACUCGUGGGCACCGAUGCUUUCGGGAAUAAAUACUUUGAAAAUUCUUACUACAUGAUCUCUCGCUGUCGUUGGCUGGAGUUUAGCCCCAAGGUCAAGUGGAAUUAUGACGCCAGUCAAGUGACAGCUGAGUGGUACGGAUGGCUUCACUACAAAACUGAUCGUUUGCCUAGUCAAGAUUGUGCGAAAUAUUUGCUAAUGAGCUCCUCUUGGACCAACAAGUGGCUCUUGCCGUAUCAGGAAAAUCUGACGGGGACAGAAAAAGCGUAUAAUGCCUAUUCUACAACAAGGCCAUAUAUUUAUGUUUGGGAUGGAACAAGUAUCGCAAGUCGUGGCUGUCAAGCAGCUGGUUAA